CGCGGCCCCGGCAGCAGCGCCCGCCCGGCUCCGCGCCACCGCGGCGCGAGACAGCCCCGCGCGCCGCCCCGCGCCGUGCCGUGCCGCGCCGGCCCGCGGCAGCCAGGAGCCCGCGCAGGUGAGCGGAGCGGAGCGGCGCGGCGGGCGCCGAGAUGUGAUGGUGGCACCGAGAUUAGAAACAAAAACAAUACAGGAAAUCCAAGCCCUGGAUCUUAGUUUUGGCCUUUUGCAAGCAGACAGAAGAGGAGCUGUCAGGCUUUGCAUGUCAAGUAGCCACUCGGCUGUUUGACAGCCUCUGGGUUUCAACCCCAUUGGGAUUGAGGCAGCUCAGGAAACCAUGAGCGAUGAGUCCUGUCGUCUGCUGAUGCUGCUCUAGCACCAUGGCAGGCCGUCCGUGAGCUGACAGAAGGAUCUGUCCUCGCAAGGCAGCGCUGGGAUCGGUAAUUGGCUUCCUGGGAAACUACUGCUGGUGGCUGGGAUGUAAAGCCGGAGCGCGCGUGCGCACUGGGAUAUCGCUACAGUCUUGCCAAGCUCGCGGAUCCACUCGGAGAAGAGUUUGGUCCCCAGCAUUUGUUUUCCCCUCGCCUCGGUAAUGUGGGCUUUUGGUAAAAUCUGCGCCGACUCACCCGCCGCCGGACGCCCUUCGCGAGCCCCGGCCGAGCAGUGAACCCGCCCGCCGGCACUCUCCUCCGGCGGCAGGCCCUGGCCGGCGGCCCGGGCAGGGGCAGGCGGCCCCGCGGCCUCCAGGCAGUGUGCGCGGGCGGCGCCCGGCAAGAUUUUACCCUGUCUGCCCCAGGGACCCCCGCGCCGCCCCCCGCUGGCCCUGCCGCCCCACUCGCCCGCCCCCGGCCACACAGGAUGGGGGCAGCGCUGGUGCGGCGCGGGGGCUGCCUACUGCUGUGGCUGGCCCUGCUGCUGGGCUGCUGGGCCGAGCUGGGCAGCGGGCUGGAGUUCCCGGGGGCCGAGGGCCAGUGGACUCGCUUCCCCAAGUGGAAUGCCUGCUGCGAGAGUGAGAUGAGCUUCAACAUGAAGACGCGCAGCUCCAGCGGCCUGGUGCUCUACUUUGACGACGAGGGCUUCUGCGACUUCCUCGAGCUCAUCCUCACCCAGGGCGGGCGGCUGCAGCUCAGCUUCUCCAUCUUCUGCGCUGAGCCGGCCACGCUGCUUUCCGACACGCCAGUGAAUGACAACCGCUGGCACGCCGUGGUCAUCCGCCGCCAUUUCAAGAACACGACACUCAUCAUCGACCAGGCCGAGGCCAAGUGGGUGGAGGUGAAGUCCAAGCGGCGGGACAUGACCGUGUUCAGCGGCCUCUUCCUUGGUGGGCUCCCGCCGGAGCUGCGGUCGGCCACGCUCAAGCUGACGCUCUCCUCCGUGAAGGAGCGGGAGCCCUUCAAGGGCUGGAUAACGGACGUCAGGGUCAACUACACACAGGCAUUGCCUGUGGAGAGCCAGGAGGUGCGGCUGGACGAUGAGCAGAGCCGCCUCUGCGCCCGCGAGGACGUCUGCCUCAACGGGGGCGUCUGCUCGGUGCUCAACGACCAGGCCGUCUGCGACUGCUCCCAGACGGGCUUUCGGGGCAAGGACUGCAGCGAAGAAGACAACUAUGUGGAAGGUCUGGCGCACCUGAUGAUGGGCGACCAAGGAAAAGAAGAAUAUAUUGCGACGUUCAAGGGAUCAGAAUACUUCUGCUAUGAUUUAUCGCAGAAUCCCAUACAGAGUAGCAGUGAUGAAAUAACUCUGUCAUUUAAAACACUUCAGAGGAAUGGACUGAUGCUUCAUACAGGAAAAUCAGCUGAUUAUGUCAAUCUUGCGCUGAAAAACGGAGCUGUCUCCUUGGUCAUUAAUUUGGGCUCAGGGGCCUUUGAAGCACUGGUGGAACCUGUGAAUGGGAAAUUUAAUGACAAUGCCUGGCAUGAUGUGAAAGUAACCAGGAAUCUGCGUCAGCACUCAGGCAUUGGACACGCUAUGGUGACAAUAUCAGUGGAUGGAAUUCUGACCACUACGGGCUACACGCAAGAAGACUACACCAUGCUGGGCUCGGAUGACUUUUUCUAUGUUGGAGGCAGUCCCAGCACAGCAGACCUCCCAGGGUCACCAGUCAGUAACAACUUUAUGGGCUGUCUCAAAGAGGUUGUGUAUAAAAAUAACGAUGUCAGGUUGGAGUUAUCUCGGCUUGCCAAGCAAGGGGAUCCUAAAAUGAAGAUUCAUGGGGUUGUAGCAUUUAAAUGUGAGAAUGUUGCAACCUUAGAUCCAAUCACCUUUGAAACACCCGAGUCUUUCAUCUCUUUGCCAAAGUGGAAUGCCAAGAAAACAGGCUCAAUCUCAUUUGACUUUCGUACAACUGAGCCAAACGGUCUGAUUCUUUUCAGUCACGGAAAACCAAGGCACCAAAAAGAUGCCAAACAUCCACAGAUGGUGAAGGUUGACUUCUUUGCCAUUGAGAUGCUUGAUGGCCACCUUUACCUGCUGUUAGACAUGGGAUCAGGUACUAUAAAAAUAAAAGCCUUGCAGAAGAAGGUGAAUGAUGGUGAAUGGUACCAUGUAGACUUUCAACGGGAUGGACGGUCAGGGACCAUAUCUGUGAACACGUUACGUACGCCAUAUACUGCACCAGGAGAAAGUGAAAUCCUUGACUUGGACGAUGACUUGUAUCUUGGAGGUUUACCAGAAAAUAAAGCAGGCUUGGUCUUCCCAACAGAGGUGUGGACAGCACUUCUCAAUUACGGAUACGUCGGCUGCAUUAGAGAUUUAUUUAUUGAUGGUCAAAGCAAAGAUAUUCGACAGAUGGCUGAAACUCAAAGUACAGCUGGAGUAAAACCCUCAUGCUCCAGAGAAACUGCAAAACCAUGCCUUAGCAAUCCGUGUAAAAACAAUGGUGUAUGCAGGGAUGGGUGGAACAGAUACGUUUGUGAUUGCUCUGGUACAGGGUACCUUGGCAGAUCAUGCGAGAGAGAGGCAACAAUUUUAAGCUAUGAUGGAAGUAUGUUUAUGAAAAUACAGCUCCCUGUUGUGAUGCAUACAGAGGCAGAAGAUGUUUCCUUACGGUUCAGGUCUCAGCGAGCUUACGGCAUUUUAAUGGCAACUACGUCUAGGGAAUCUGCGGAUACCCUCCGUUUAGAGUUGGAUGCAGGACGGGUUAAACUAACGGUCAACCUAGACUGUAUCAGGAUUAACUGUAAUUCCAGCAAAGGUCCAGAAACCCUUUUUGCUGGCUAUAACCUCAAUGAUAAUGAGUGGCACACAGUGCGUGUGGUUCGGCGAGGAAAAAGUUUAAAGUUAAUGGUGGAUGACCAGCAGGCCAUGACAGGUCAAAUGGCUGGUGAUCACACAAGACUGGAAUUCCAUAACAUAGAGACAGGAAUAAUAACAGAACGCCGCUACCUGUCUUCUGUGCCUUCUAAUUUCAUUGGGCAUCUACAGAGUCUUACCUUUAAUGGCAUGGCAUACAUAGACUUAUGUAAAAAUGGAGACAUCGAUUAUUGUGAGCUAAAUGCAAGAUUUGGGUUCAGGAACAUCAUAGCAGACCCUGUAACCUUCAAAACAAAAGCAAGUUAUAUUGCAUUGGCCACGCUACAAGCCUAUACAUCUAUGCACCUUUUUUUCCAGUUCAAAACAACCUCUUUGGAUGGAUUGAUACUUUAUAACAGUGGGGAUGGAAAUGAUUUCAUCGUGGUUGAAUUAGUAAAAGGGUAUUUACACUAUGUGUUCGACUUGGGAAAUGGUGCAAAUCUGAUCAAAGGAAGUUCUAAUAAACCUCUGAAUGACAACCAGUGGCAUAAUGUGAUGAUAUCAAGGGAUACCAACAAUCUUCAUACUGUAAAGAUUGACACUAAAAUCACAACACAGAGCACAGCAGGAGCUAGAAACUUAGAUCUCAAAAGUGAUUUGUAUAUUGGAGGAGUGGCCAAAGAAAUGUAUAAAUCCUUGCCAAAACUGGUGCAUGCAAAGGAAGGAUUUCAAGGCUGUCUUGCAUCAGUUGACUUGAAUGGACGGCUCCCCGAUCUAAUCUCAGAUGCUCUCUUCUGCAAUGGGCAAAUAGAAAGAGGAUGUGAAGUUGCAUUGAUGAAAGCUGAUUUGCAAGGCCCCAGCACAACAUGCCAAGAGGAUUCCUGUGCAAACCAGGGCGUGUGCUUACAGCAGUGGGAUGGAUUCAGUUGCGACUGUAGUAUGACCUCCUUUAGUGGACCGUUAUGCAACGACCCGGGAACAACAUAUAUCUUUAGCAAAGGUGGUGGACAGAUCACUUACACGUGGCCUCCUAACGAUCGGCCAAGCACUCGUGCAGACAGACUGGCAAUAGGGUUUAGUACUGUUCAAAAAGAAGCUGUGUUGGUACGAGUGGACAGUUCUACUGGGCUCGGAGAUUAUUUAGAGCUGCAUAUCCACCAGGGAAAAAUUGGAGUUAAAUUUAAUGUUGGAACUGAUGACAUCUCUAUUGAAGAGAUCAACGCAAUCAUUAAUGAUGGAAAAUACCAUGUAGUACGUUUCACAAGAAGUGGUGGUAAUGCCACAUUGCAGGUGGACAACUGGCCAGUUAUUGAACGUUACCCAGCAGGAAACAAUGAUAACGAGCGCCUGGCGAUUGCUAGACAGCGAAUUCCAUAUCGACUUGGUCGAGUAGUUGAUGAAUGGCUACUCGACAAAGGGCGUCAGCUCACAAUCUUCAAUAGCCAAGCAACCAUAAAAAUUGGAGGCAAGGAACGUGGCCAUCCAUUCCAAGGCCAGCUCUCUGGUCUUUACUACAAUGGCUUGAAAGUUUUGAAUAUGGCAGCCGAAAAUGAUGCCAACAUCGUGAUAGAAGGAAAUGUGAGACUUGUUGGUGAAGUGCCUUCCUCUAUGACAACUGAGUCCACAGCCACAGCGAUGCAGUCUGAGAUGUCGACGUCAGUCAUGGAAACAACCACCACAUUGGCCACAAGCACCGUUAGAAGAGGAAAGACCCCAACAAAAGAACCUAUUGGUCAGACCACCGAUGACAUCCUGGUGGCCUCGGCUGAAUGCCCCAGUGAUGAUGAGGACAUUGAUCCCUGUGAGCCGAGCUCAGGUGGGUUAGCAAAUCCUACCAGGGCAGGAGGAGGAAGGGAGUACCCUGGCUCAUCUGAGGUGAUUCGUGAAUCCAGCAGCACAACAGGCAUGGUAGUUGGAAUCGUGGCUGCAGCAGCACUGUGCAUCCUCAUUCUCCUGUAUGCGAUGUACAAGUACAGGAACCGAGACGAAGGAUCGUAUCAUGUAGAUGAGAGUCGAAACUACAUCAGUAACUCAGCACAAUCCAAUGGGGCUGUGAUCAAGGAGAAGCAGCCCAACAGUGCUAAAAGCUCCAACAAAAACAAGAAAAAUAAGGAUAAGGAGUACUAUGUCUGAUCUCAACAUCUAAAAGAACGCUUGUAUAGAAAUAGUCUUCAUUUUAUCUGAGACAUAAUACAAACUUAUUUACUUUACUUUUUAUGAAGCACAUACAAAAACAAAAAAAAAGACAGGGAAUGCAAUCAGAAAGGAAAGACUGUUUUUAAAAACAAGCAUUUCAUGCUCUUGUUUUUCAGAAACAGGAGCUGAUAAAUUCCCUAUCAUCCACAGUGUUUUCAUUUACUCUGCCUGUCUUUAUGUUGCUGGAACAUUUCUGAGAGACAAUGAUGAUACCACGCAUUCAUAAAGCAAGGAGUAUUACUACAACAUCGAGGCACAAUAUGAAACAAAACAAAUAAAAAAAAACAAAACAGGAAAAAAACGAAAAAAAAGAAGCUACCUAUGAUUCUGGAUUUAGCCAAAGUGCUAGCGCUUUCAUGAGAAGUAAGUUAGUCUUAUUGUCAGAGAAGACUGUCAUUAUAUAUGGUGACUCAACAAGCAAACAUAAAGAGUUUGCCGUCUGGUGCAGUGAAGCAGUGAUUGGAAACUUGCAUUUGAAACAAAGUGCUGGCUUUUCUGAAGACUUACGUAGAAGUACUUUCAAAAAGCCCCUUUCUGGUUGUGAGGAAAAUAGUACGGAGGCCUUAUUUUCAAAAACAAAAACAAAAACAUGGAAUAUAAGGCACAUUUCCACAAAAAAAAAAAAAAAAAAAACAAGAGGGCAUAGAUGCAAUCAUUGGGAAAUUUUCAUGCACGCUUAAUAUGUUAUUACAUAUGUUUAUAUAAAAAACACAUCUAUAUGUGCUUUCUGGACUGUGAUAAGUGAUGUUUUAUAGCCUGUUGUAUAGAAAAUGCAAACUAUAUCUGCUCUUCAGCCAUUUUUGGUAAACUCAAUGUUAUAAGUGUUGCUAGGUAUAGAGAGUUUUAUGACAUCUGGAGCAACAGACAUACUUCAGUUUUUUGCAGCCAUUAUAAAUUGUCACCGAUUUCUUCCUUUCCUUUUUUUUUUUUAAUUUACAGUGUAGUGGUUAUACUAAGGGGGAUGUGUAUGAAUGUAUAUAAGAGUCAGCUAAUUUUUUUCUUACCUGUACAGCCUCUAUUCUGUUGCGAUCAAGUUUUAGUAGUUUGUAUGAAAGAAGUGGACUAGAAAGCAAAAAUAUAUAUCUACUGUAAUUUCUCUUCUCCCUCCUAUCCCUAUCUCUUGCCCCUGAUAUGCAUCAAUGAAGUUGAUCAGAAUGGCCAAUUUUCCUGGAAAUAUACACUCAUUAAUUAGCUAAAUAUUUAGUGACUUAAAGUGGCCUUUGGCUUCCAGUCAAAGCUUCACUAUUGAAGAACAUGGUUUGCCUUACAGAAACCUUGUUCUUAAGAAAUUAUGAGAAUGAUGAAUUUCUUGAGAAUCUUAGGAAGUGUCAUAUAGUGUUUAUCUGGCAUUCUGCUACAGCUGCGAGUAGUAAAAGAUCUAAAAAAAACCAUUUUGCUUAUCCAGGCUGAUUCUACUGCAGAAUUUACCCCUUUCUCCAAAAAGGAAAUAAACUUGAGGUGCAUGAUAAUAUGUUUCAAGGGUGGGCAUUUUGACAUACGAAAAAGUAUUUUCAGCUAAACUGAUUGUGUAGUAUUGCAAGACAUCAUAACCAGACAAAUAUAAGUUGAUCAUAUUUUAAGGUAACACAUAGCUUUUCUUACAUAUAUAAAAUUUUAAUGCAUUUAGUUAAACAUAUUAAAUAUAAUGCUAUAACUUACAUGUUAAGUUUUUUUAGUAUUGUUCCAUUAGGUUCACAGCAAUAAAUCAUAGUGUAACAUUUCAUUUACAUGAAAGUUCAAAGGGAAUAUAUUAGAGAGAGGGUAGCUCAAUAGAAAUCAACCGAAUCAUUGGAAAACCUCCUGGGAGGAAUAUGGAUGUUCACACUUUACAGGCAGAAGAGGGAAUAUAAAUUAGCUUUAAACAUCAGGCACAACACGUUUUGAUGUGUGUUAUUCACGUAGCUAAUGAAAAACACUGAAAACUGGUACGGCUAUCUAUCUGAGAGUCAGAGCACUUUAAAAAUACAUGUAGCUGACAUGAAAACGCUUCUCUUGGAGGUUGACCAACACAUCAAGGUGUAUUACAUCACAUUUGUAAAAGGGUUUUAUUUUCAUUAAACAUUUACAGAAAAAUGAGACCACAUUCACAAAAUCCAUCCCAAAUUCAUUUCAUAGAUCAUUAUUCACCUGUGGUAUUCAUGAUUUCUCCCACCUUUACAAGACAGCUGUACUCAGGGAAAGGUAGGAUCAGAUACACUGAAGGUCAUUGCUGAAAGCAUGAGACUUCAGCUAGAGGGGGAGAAGAAGAAGUUGAAAGCCAGGUGAUGCUCAGAAUUAAAGGACAUCAGUGUUUAAAGGUAUGUGGAAGAACAAGAAUAAUGUAAAGACAGGAGAUUGGACAUGACACAGUAUGGUUUGGGCAAGAUGAAAUGGUUUUUUCACCUUGAUAUUGAUUGUAUUAAUUAAGCAGCAUGGUCAGGUCAACUUCCAGGCAGUUUGGUAGAUUAAUCUUUAACUAAAUCCAUACAUCAAGGAAAAAAGAUCUGUUACUACUAUAAUAAGCAAACACAAUUUUAAUACUGUUUCUGAAGGUUCUCCUUUUUCUCUUUAAUUUCAUAAUUUAACAAAAAACAAAUAUGGACAUUUCAGAAGUGUCAGUAAGUGGAUUAAAGUUCCUUUGUGUUUAAAAACAAACAAAACAAACACAAACACCCAUAAAACAACUACCUAAUAGAAAAUUGGAUCCUUUCUCUAUAAUAACUAAUUUGUCUGACUGAGAUGGCUUCAUUUCUAUGACUGUAUUGUGUUGCCUUUUUUAACAAAACACUAAAUAAUGUGUGAAACUAUUUCAACCCUAAGACAUUGAAGAGAGGCCCAAUGCCCCUAACCUUAUAGUGCUUUCUGUGAUAGAUAUUUACGAUUUUUUUUAUUUGUUGCAAGGCCAAUUUAUUCAUUAUUGGAAAUGCUAAGCAAGUGGAAUUUACUGUUUUGUUAAUAAAAAUGUUUCUUAAUACAAA